AUGACAAUGAAAUUUUCAAUUGCAAAUUUAUGGAAUUCAACUCCUAUUACUAAUCAUCGACCAGUUCAAAUAACGCUUUCAUCUACUAAUGAUGACGAUCAUCUUCUUAUUGAAAUUGAUGCACCAUUCUUUAAUGAUCCUGCUCCUUCAUCAUCAUCAACAUCACCUGGUCCAUAUCCUGAACUAUGGAAUUAUGAAGUAGUUGAACUUUUUUUCUUAGCAUCAUCAACAAAUCAUUAUCUUGAACUUGAGUUUUCUCCACAUGGUCAUUAUCUUGUUCUUCUAUUAAUUGAUCGUCGAAAAGAAUUAAAACAAAUGUUAUCGUUACCUUAUUAUAAAGUUGAACAUCCUUCAUCUGAUCGAUGGAUUGGUCGAGCACAUAUUCCACGUUCUUUUUUUCCAGCUCAUGUUGAUCGAUUUAAUGCUUAUGCUAUUCAUGGUCAAAAUGAUAAACGUACAUAUGAAGCACUUUAUCCUGCAACAAUUGAUAGUGAAAAACCUGAUUUCCAUCGACUUGAAUUUUUUCAAAUAUUAAAUUUUAAUUCAUUAUUAAAUGUAGGCGAGCAAGAUGGUGAUCAUUGGAAUACGAACUAA